AUGGCCGCAGCGGUGUCUCGAACGAUAGCGCCGCUGCGGGAGAACAAACUCAUCAUCCCAGAGAAAUGGGAGCCUCAGGCCAGAGCAUCGAAAGAGCAGCAGUGGCCCUCACUUCUCCAAUGUGCUGUUGUGUCAACGGCGUUCAAGAUUCUGCUCUUUCCAAGCUAUCACAGCACCGACUUUGAGGUCCAUAGGAACUGGCUUGCCAUUACACAUUCGCUACCUGUCAAGACGUGGUACUAUGAGAAGACCAGUGAAUGGACCUUGGACUACCCGCCAGCCUUUGCAGCCUUCGAAUGGCUGAUGUCCUGGCCGGCAGCUUUGAUCGAUCAGGGGAUGGUCCAGAUCAGUAACCUUGGCUACGACUCCUGGUCUACUGUCAGCUAUCAGAGAGGCACGGUCAUUGUGACGGAAUUGUUCUUGGUCAUCGCGCUACAUGUCUACGCCUCGAGCGCGAAUUCGUCAAAUCGGAAGCAGGCCCACGCAAUUGCAUUGUCUAUCUUGUUGUCUCCGGGCCUUCUGAUUAUCGACCAUAUCCAUUUCCAGUACAAUGGCUUCCUUUACGGCGUUCUCAUCCUUUCGAUUUCUCUAGCACGAAGUCAAUCUAGCAUGCUGCUGAGUGGCGUCUUGUUUGCCGUGUUGCUGUGCUUGAAGCACAUCUACCUCUACCUGGCACCCGCAUACUUCGUCUACCUUCUCCGCGUCUACUGCCUGAAGCCUGAAAAUGUCUUCCGCCCACGAAUUGGCAACACUCUCAAGCUAGGAGCCAGCCUCGUUGCAGUGUUUGGGUUGGCCUUCGGGCCAUUCGUGUAUUGGGGCCAGCUUGAGCAGCUGAAGUCGCGGCUUUUCCCAUUCUCGAGGGGCCUCUGUCACGCCUACUGGGCGCCGAACAUAUGGGCGCUAUACUCAUUCGCAGACCGAGUGCUGAUCUACCUUGCACCCUACCUCAAGCUUUCGGUGGACAAAUCUGCGAUCUCCAGCGUGACCAGAGGUCUAGUUGGCGACACUUCGUUUGCCGUCCUCCCGAACAUCACUCCGAAGCAAUGUUUUGGCUUGACUUUGGCACUGCAAUCAGUUUGCUGGGUCAAACUCUGGAAGAAGCCGAGCUGGAACAAUUUUGUGGGUGCGGUCACUCUUUGUGGUUUCGCCUCAUUCUUGGUCGGAUGGCAUGUACAUGAGAAGGCGAUUCUACUGGUAUUAAUUCCGUUCAGCUUGGUGGCAUUGAAGGAUCGCUCAUACUUGGCAAGCUUCCGUCCGCUGGCGGUGGCAGGCCAUGUAUCGCUCUUUCCUCUGAUCUUCACGGUGCCGGAGUUCCCGAUCAAGAUCACAUACACUCUGACUUGGCUGAUGACAUUUCUCUAUGCCUUCAGUCGACUGGCACCGGCACCUGCCUCGCCACGCAGGUUUCUCCUGGAUCGCUUCACGUUGCUGUAUAUGGCGGUUGCGAUUCCGCUGGUUACCUACUGCUCGCUCAUACAUCGGAUGGUGUUCGGAGAGCGAUAUGAGUUCAUACCAUUGAUGUUCAUAAGUACUUGGUCGGCCGUGGGGGUUGUAGCAUCAUGGUUGGGCUUUAAUGUCUGCUAUUUGACAGCAUAG